CGGCAUGGAAAGUAUUUUUAACCCCUUUGGCAUGAAGAAAAUUUUGCGGACGAAGAAGAGGGGCACUGCAGGUGGAACGAGCGCCGGGUGACGCCUUCCGGAGCCAGCGGCCGCCGGGCCGGAAUCAAUCGUGUGCUACCACGAAAAGGACCGCAACUUUGCCGACGCCCAAAGGGCCGACAACCCACGGAGUCCACGGUGGUCGCCCGAGUGCAGAAACACGAGGGAGGGGCUGACGCCGGAAGACAUUCAGGAUGUGGCGGCGGACAUGGCGUCGAUCGAUUAUAGCGUUCCCGACAGGGUCGAGUUCGUCAGCAAUACGCUGUGCUUCAUCGAAUUCCAAUCAGCCAACGCAGCGAGGAAGUGCUUUGCAAAGGUAUUGCCUGGCAGAGAGAUGAACUCGUCAUGCAGCUUUUGCAAAUCGUAACCGGUCGUAGUCUUACAAGUUUGAUUUCUUUUGGUGUUGGUGCGCAUGACAAAAUUGUUGUUGUUUGUAAAAUGAGGUGGCAUGAAAAAAAAAGACUCAUUCUGUACUUGUAUCAGGGCCAAUCCAAGAAGUUGGAAGAGAACGGGCAGACGUUGGAUUUCCGAGCGGGGUUUUUUCUUCGACUCCAGCGCGAUUUAUUUUCAGUGCGAGAACAAGGAAUCGCAGUCCCUCAUCACGGUGGACUCCAAGGGAAAGAUCAAGG